GGAACCUGGUUUAUGGCUCCACAUCUUGUGUUGCAAUUGCUCCUCCUGGGAUCAUGUCUCAGGACAGGUUCUGCAGUAAAGGGCAACGCCAGGGAGCACGAGGGACGCUCCUAUACAGCCGUUAUUGAGGUACCCAAUGGGGGACCUUGGGGAGACUGGACGUGGCCCGAGAUGUGUCCGGAUGGAUUUUUCGCCAGUGGCUUCUCCCUCAAGGUCGAGCCCCCUCAAGGCAUUCCGGGAGAUGACACCGCCCUGAAUGGGAUCCGGCUUCACUGUGCCCGAGGCAACGCGGAGCGCAACACUCACGUGGUGGCUUCUCAGUCUGGAAGGUGGGGAGCAUGGACUGAGCCGCUGUGGUGUCCAGAUGGUGCCUUCCUUGCAGCUUUCUCACUACGGGUGGAAGAGCCCAGCACCCCAGGAGACAAUACUGCAGCUAACAACGUGCGCUUCCGAUGCUCAGGGGGUGAAGAACUAGAAGGACCCGGCCUGGAGUGGGGCAAAUUCGGGUCCUGGAGUGAUGCUUGUUCCAAGGGUAUUUGUGGCCUUCAAACAAAGCUGGAGGCUCCGAAUGGGCUCAGAGAUGAUACAGCACUCAAUGAUGUUCGUUUUUUCUGUUGCAACAGCUAAGAUCCAUCACAAAUUGCUUAUCAGUGUCUCUUUCCUCCCAAAUCUCUCACCACAAAGUCUGCCUAAAAGUCAAUUUACUCCUUAAAGGAAUCUAGUGUUACUCAGGUUUGAACUUCCACAUAUAUACCCCCUCUCUUCUCUUUUAUUCCUUCAUAGUAAAUCUCUUCCCAUUCCAAUCCUCUAUCUUGUGUGUUCCUAAAGAACCUAGGUGUCAGCUGAACCCCUGUCCUCCUGCCUUUUCAUAUGUAUUUCCCUCACUAAAUUGUAAACCCUCAAAGAGACAGAUUUUGUUCCUUGUAGUUCCACCCUCACAGUGUCGUAAGCAUUAGUAAAUGCUAGUUUUGUGAUGUUGGGGGGGGGGGGGGGAAUCCCUUCCUUUCUCUUGUGUUCUCUACUUUAUAAGAAUAAUUAUUUCCCUCACAACUUUGUGAAGCAGUGCAAUGAUUAUUCCAUUUUACAGAUGAGAAAAUUGAGGUCACCAUCAUCCUACUCACCUGGGCUUGAAACUUCAGAUUCCUCACUCUUACUACAUAUGUCUAAUUGCCAAAUCUUGUACUUUCUAGCAUCACAUCAUCUCUUCUUUGUCUCCUUCUUUCCACUCACAGUUCUAACCUUAGUUCAUGAAGUCCCUCAUUGCCUUUCCUUCUGCCAUUGCAAUAGUUUAACUGGUCUCCCUGCCUCAAUUCUCUCCUUAUUCCAAACCAUUAACCACUCAAAUGGUGAUGUGAUGUGUUUAAAGUAUAGGUGAAACCAUGUCAUCCCUCUCCUUAAUGAGCUCCAGAAUCAUAUAUAAAGUCCUCUAGCAUUUGAAUCUCUUCAUAACCUGACACCACCCAACCUUUCUGUGCUUCUUACACUUUACUCCUCUCCAUAAACUCUUAAGCUGUCCUAAAACAAGAUAUUCAAACUUUCAUUUCUAUUCCUUUGCAUUGGCUCUCCCCCACCCAUGCCUACAAAGUUCUGCCCUCUCACUUCUUGGUUUCCUCAACUUACUUCAAGCUCUACCUUUUGCAGGAAAUCCUUUUUUGGUUCUCUUAGUUGCUGAUGUCUUUCCUUCCAAGAUUACAUUCUAUUUAAUCUGUAUUUAUCUUGUAAGUACCCAGUUCUUAAAAGUAGUUUUCCUCCAAUAAAAUGUAAGCUCCUUGAGGGCAGGUAAUAUUUUUGCCUUGCAUUGUAUUUUCAGCACGGGAUUAAUAAAUGGUUGUUUAGCGAUUUGUCUGAUAACA